AUGGCGUUUCGUCUACCACCUCAGGCGCCUCGCCGUCAGCGCUCCUAUUCCACCUCUCUACCUCCGCCCGCCCUCGAUCCUCCCUCUACUCUCUCGCAACUGCCCGAAUCCGACUCCGCAGAAUGGGUGCUCUUCUCCCCGACUCAGCCCUCCACCACCGCCCGCACUCACACGACCUCCACCGAUCGCACCCAACGAACCGUAGGAGCCUCGCGCCUCAGUGACUUUGGCUCCUUUGGGACACCCACUCGCUCCGCCUGGGACCAGGACAACGAAGAAGAAGAAGAGGAUGAGGCUCUGGAGGAGCCGUUGGAUGAGGACGGAACGGAACUGGAUAGCCUGGACGACGGUCUGCAUGCGUUCCGGGCUCCAUCCUUAAAUCAGGACCCCUCCGCAGGGCUCGAUCAAGGAGCUCCGGCUCUGUUGCCGACGCAUGAUGGACUAGGGAGUUUCCAGGCAUCUAGUCGGCCGGUGCAGGAGCAGCUGUGGCAGCAUGAGCACUAUAAUCCGAAUCGGAGGACCGACCUAUCACUCCGGCGACGUUCGAGUGUUCAACGGCAUUUGGAUUCCUUCGCAGAUGAGGGUCCGACCGAUGUCGAGCGAGAGCGCUGGCAGCGGAUCGAGAAGUGGAGGAUGGACCAGAGCCGGGCGCUCUUGCAGGAGAUCGAGAAAGAGACGCGGAGACGGCGCAACAGCCGCGUGAGCAACCUCAGCGAUCAGCUUGUCUCACCUGAAACUGCAGAUGUCCUAGCUGGGGUGUCAGACGUACCUAGAGAGAAUGUGGCUUCAACAACGGAGCCAGAAGGCAGCGAGGAUGAAUCUCUUUGGCGCCGUAUUACCCGCAAAGUCAUCCGAGACUUGAUUGGUAUCGAUGAUUCAUUGCUGUCCGUGAUCUUCGGAGAGUCCCUGCCAUCCACCGACAAUGAAGACAAGGACUCCUCGGCCAGCACAGUUUACGAUUUGAACCGAGACAAGGCACUGGCACUAGAGCUGGACUCCGUACCUGACGACCAUAGUCUCUGGCAGACCAAACUCCUCCAGCGUAUCGCACAUGAACUCGGGGUCCUAGUUCACCAACUGUGUGAACACCCGGGCGCUUUUACAACCUAUCUUAACCUCUCUAAUGAUAUCCCGAACCAGUACGCCGGGAUGCCUCUUGGGCGUCUACCAGAAGAAGAUACCACGCAACCCCAACCGGGAACGGCAGCGCUCCCAAACUCCAUGAUGACAACGAGUGAUCGUGAUUCAGCGGUAUCGCCACAGUUCUCUCCCACUCUCCGUGACCCCAGCAGCAGUCGGGAACAUGCCGCUCAGUGGGGCAUCGAAGAUGACGACACAAAUCGCUCCGCUGCUGAGCCGUUAUCGGAGUCUUCCCGCCUUCACCAAGAGAAAGAGUAUUGGGAGCGAGAGCUCGACGUGAUGAUGGUCUUCCGCUAUCUCCGCAACCGAUUCAGCCGUCGAAACAGCAACCCCGACAAUCACCACGCUGCCUCGCGUCGACCCCAACAAGAUGCCUCCCGCCGGGCGGCGAUCAUUCGUCAGCACCACCCGCUCGUUGCGCGUGCCCACUCCCGCUCGCAGGCCCAGAUUCGACGUCAGUCCCAGUAUUCCGCCAGCCAUUCCGGCCCCGUGGGCGUCUCGUCGCCGCUUCUCCGCCAGCAUUUCCGCCGUCCCAGCUCCAGCUGUGCCAGCCAGAGCGCAAAGCUUUCGGCUCUCUCCAGCCGCCGAACCCUAACCGGUUCCAGUCGCAACUACUGGGACAUCGGCGGCAGCGUUGACAGCGGCAGCGCCGUUGCACCCGUCGGAGCUGGUCUCGGUGCCUGGGGAGACGUCUAG